CUCUCUCUCUCUCAAACCGACUCAAAGAAGAACAGAUUUCUCGCGAUUUCCUUUCUUUUCAAUUAUAAAAGGAAAACCCAGAAAAGAAAACUUAAUUUUAAUUUAAUUUUUUAAGUUUAUGCCUCGCCAUGGAAAUCGUCGAAUAAGCUGCAACGAAGAAGCAGAAGAAGAAGAAGAAGAAGAAGCAACAGAUUGAUUUGUACUCUCGCUCGCCCACACCCCCAAUCGAAUCUCGCAACCUGAAACACACCACACCCCCUUUCCGUCCUUCCCCCUCACUCUCUCUUUCUCUCUCUCUCUAUCGCAGAUCGCAGAUCCUUCAACCUCCGCACCUCCUUCCCACCUCCCCACCUUCCGAUCUCCGCCCCUCCAGAUCCGCGACCCCCCGCGGGCGAGAUCUGACCUACCCUCCCCACGCGCCACCAUAGCAGCCGUCGGGACCGCCAUGGUAGUCUCCGGGAGGCCGAUGAAGCGCAUGAAGAGGCGGGUCACGGCCGACCUCUCCGACUUCCUCACCUUCCCCUCCUCCUCCUCCUCCUCCUCCACCGCCGCCGCCGCCGGCGGCGGUCGAGGAGCCGGGGGAGCGGGCCCGUUCAGGGCGAGGGUGAAGGAGUUCCUGUCCAGGCACGCGGUGCCGCCGCCGCCGCCGUCCUCGCUGUUCCCCCACCUGACGACGUGGCCGGUGCUGUUCCGGGUGGGGGACGUGGUGACGGGUGGGGGCCCCGACCCGUCGCCGGCGACGGUGUGCCUGGACGUGGUGGAGGAGGAGGUGUCCAGAUCCAGAUCCGUGUACUGCGACCAGUGCCGAGUCGUCGGGUGGAGCGGGCAUCCGGUGUGCGGGAAGCGGUACCAUUUCAUAAUCAAGGCCGACGGGAGUUCCAUCGGCGGACACCACAAGCCCUGCAUCUGCUGUGGUGAUCUCUUGCACUUCUCCGAGUCGAGGUGCAAGUCUUGCAACCAUGUGAUGACCGAGGACGAUGUGGAGGACUGGGUGUUUCACCAGUUGGAGAACACUACCCACCUUUUGCACGCUGUGGUCCACUCCAAUGGGUUCGGCCAUCUGCUCAGAGUCAACGGCCGGGAAGGGGGUUCCAGGUUCCUUUCCGGCUGUCACAUCAUGGAUUUCUGGGAUCGCCUUUGUAAAACGCUUGGAGUGAGAAAGGUUAGUGUUAUGGACGUAUCGAAAAAGUUUGGGUUGGAAUAUCGACUGCUGCAUGCUGUCACCAAGGGACACCCAUGGUAUGGUGAGUGGGGUUAUGAAUUUGGCACUGGUAGCUUCGGUAUCACACGGGAUGUCUAUAAUAGGUCCGUGGAAAGCCUCUCCAGCCUGCCUCUGUCAACCUUCCUCUCUCAAGGAUGGAACCCUUCUUCUCACUUGCCUGACAUUAUCUCAUUCUACCAAUCCUUGUCCAAGCACGAGCUUGUAAAUAUAAGGGAUCUCUUUUGUUUUUUAUUGAGUUUGGUCCAUGGAGCUCGGAAAUCCUCGUCGAGAGAUGGUGAUGCCAUCUUUAACAAGGUUAGGUCCCGUGAUUGUGGGGCCUUGGGAUCUUGGACAAGAAGUGAGGUUGAACGAGUGGAAGAAGCAAUAGUGAGGGUGUUACGGGCUGUCUCCAGUUCUAAUUGGGUGAGUAGGCGUGCACUUAGGGGUGCUGCUUACAGAGUAGCAUCUGCAGAACUUCUUGAUCACUGUCUUCGGGAGCUCAGGGAUAAAUCCGUCUCUAGUGCAAUGGUCAUUAGCUCUCGGUGGAAUCCUGAUUCUGAUGAUUUUGAAUACAGGCUUGAGCCUGGAGGCACUGCAUCCACUGGGAACAAUGCGUCCGGCAAAAAGUCUUCCUUCAUCAGUCGUCCAUCAGAGGAUAAUCUCAUACGAGAUUUGAGAUAUCUGUAUGACUCUAUCCUUCAUCCUCAUAAAAUGUUGAACGAAGGAACUCACACAACGGAUUAUGUGGAGGCAGCCCAGAGACUCCUUGAUUGCAAGCAGUUCAUGAAAGACUACAGGGCAGAAGAAGUGCCAUCAACUGCCAACCCAUUUUCAAUCUCUCUCGUGUGUCAGGUGGAACUGGCAGAUCACGCAAUGUCAAGUACAACAUGUCCUCCUCCAGAAUUAAUAAUUUUGUCGCCAAAUGCUACAGUUUCUGACCUUAAGCACGAAGUGGCGAGAGCUUUUCAAGAUGUAUAUCUGAUGUGUAGAAGAUUUCAAGCGGAUGACCUACUUGACUAUAGAGGUGUUGAUGAUUCCACCCAGGUCAAGUAUCUAACGGGUUUGACUAACUUAGUUCGUGUUCGGGGAAGAUGCUUCGUGAAAAAUGGGGUUAGCAAGUACAGACUGGAGAGAGGCCUCGAAAACUGGACGGUGGAUUGCAAGUGUGGAGCCAAGGACGAUGAUGGGGAGAGAAUGUUAGCAUGCGAUGUGUGCGGCGUGUGGCAGCAUACAAGGUGCUCAGGCAUAAACGACUCGGAGUCGGUUCCUGCGAGGUUCAUUUGCAGUAGGUGCAGGAGCUCAGGCAAGAUGCUCAAGGCUAGUGAGGAUGGCGAGGAUGAGGCGAAACCGUCCUUCGUCGAUAUCCGCGUUAAUCAGAUGCUAACCGACGGUCUUUUUAUGUUGUAAAUGCCCUCUACACUUAAAUUAUGCUAGUGAAGUUGACCCUUAGGAGGACCGCUUGGGAAGUUGUACAUAAAUGACACAGUUGGACAGAAGAUGCUUUAAGGCUUAAUUUUGCGCCAUGUUUUCUUCGAACUUGUAAAUGUUUUGUGUCUGUCUCUCCGAAUGGAAAAGUGGAAAGGAAAAGGUUAGCUCGGUUAUAGAAGCUCUCUCUCGUGUGAUGUUUGAAUUGCUUUGCUGGAUAGCGUGGUUGAGGCACCUUGAUGCACAUCUCUGCUUGAAUGCAUGUUUUCACUUUGACGAGAUUCCGUGUCAUUUCUCUGAAAGAGCAUAGGGGCUUUUCUCUCUCUCAGACAUGUACUGAAACAUGUGCAUUAGUUGCAUUGUGUCUAUGCUAGAAGCUGUCUUCUUGCUGGAACAAUCAAGAAAAAAGGCACAAAACCGAAUGUCCAGAAAAGAUCGAAAGAUGGGUUAGUUUUGAAGGA